AUGCGCCCCCACCCCUCAUGGUCCCUCCCCAUCCUCCUCCUCAGCCUCCUCCCCUGUGUCCCAGUGGAACCCCACCCCCCGCCUUCGCCACUGCCCCCAUUUCCGGCCCCUGAGUGGGACCUCCUGUCACCCCGAGUAGUGCUGUCCAGGGGUGCCCCCGCAGGCCCCCCUCUGCUCUUCCUGCUGGAGGCCGGGGCCUUCGGGGAGCCCCCGGGCAGCCCCGCUAACCGCACCCGGCGAGGGGUGAGCGAGACAGCACCCGCGAGUCGCCGGGGAGAGCUGGCUGUGUGCGACGCAGUCAGCAGCUGGGUGACAGACCGCCGGACUGCUGUGGACCUGCGUGGGCGCGAGGUGGAGGUGCUGGGCGAGGUGCCAGCGGCUGGCGGCAGUCCCCUCCGCCAGUAUUUCUUUGAGACCCGCUGCAAGGCUGACAACACGGGGGAAGGUGGCCCCGGUGCAGGUGGAGGGGGCUGCCGGGGCGUGGACCGGAGGCACUGGGUGUCCGAGUGUAAGGCCAAGCAGUCCUAUGUGCGGGCAUUGACCACCGAUGCUCAGGGCCGUGUGGGCUGGCGAUGGAUUCGAAUCGACACCGCCUGCGUCUGCACACUCCUCAGCCGGACUGGCCGGGCCUGAGGCCCGUGCCCAGGAACUGCACAAGCAGAGGAAGAAAGAGCUGGCCGCUGGGGGACCUCAGUCGGGACCUGGCUGCUCUGGGCCUCGUUUUGGGAACUGGUUAAAUAGUCACAAAAAUCACAGCUCUCUGAUUUGGAG